GUUUGCAAAUACAACUCAGACGCUCGUGCCCCAUAAGAAAUAAGGCUUUUUCAGAAUGCGUCAAGUAAUUAAGCUGCUGUUAUUUUCGUGUGUUGCUAGCGUGAUUUGCCAAGACGCCGGUCUGUGGGCUGAGGUGUACAUGGAGGUGGGGGGAGAGGGGCAGUCGUUGUACACCAGGGACUACUUGUCCGACUUCACCUCACUCGUCCCGGGGGCUUCGUCCAUCUGUGGCGCUGGGGUUUGGCUGUUGUACGAGAAGCCCAAGUACGAUGGUUCAGGCACGGGACAAUCGCACGUUUUCUUGGGCUCCGGUGACUGUCAAGAUAUUCCUUUCAAUGCAACCUCUAUCCGCCAGGCGGGUUCACCCUCGGUGUUCGACCGGCCGUCACUGACGUUGUAUGCAUACACGCACUUCCGUAGCCUGGAGCUCUACAUCACGGAAGACUUACCCUUCCUCGGCGUCUUCUCUGACCAGGCUUACUCGGCGGUGGUCACCGGCUCGUUGCCCUGGACUGUUUACACAUACGACAGCUACGGCGGACAAGGCACGUGCUUGUCUCCCAACGAGACUGUGGAGGUGGGUGGGGCGACGGUGGGGGUAGGCCUGUUCCCCACAUACUACGAACUCGGCAGCUCCGGUCUCAUCAGGAGCGUGCGGCGCGGCUGCGACUUCUAAAUCUAUUUCCUGUCUCAAAACAUACAACGAAAAAUAAACACGACAAACCAAGCAGGCCUAUUCCUACACGCCUACGCUACUUUAAUGUACUUGCAACUAUUUCUUAGACAUUCGUGGCUCGCUUGCUUGCUUUGUACGAGGUGAAGCAAGCAGACUGAAUGGCUAGCAUGACCAUACGUUUGAAUUUCUCCAGAAAAUUUUUGUACUCUCAUUAAUUACCCUUUGCUUAUGAAAUUUGAGCUAUAAUUUUUAAAGAUUGACGGACUUGGUCAUUACAGAAUUAAUAAAUUGAAUGUGAUACGUCCCUGAAUAGUUUUAUUCGGACUCAGAACUGCAUCGAAGUUGAAUCCAGCCAAAUUAAAUAUGAAGGUUCGGGAGAAAACGAUAGAA